GCAGACGCUCCGUCUUACCGAGACGAGCUGCUCCAGCUGCUUGAGGCGCUGGUCUCAACCCCAUCUGCCAACGGACAGGAAAACGAAGUCGGCCAGUUCCUCGUCGACUACCUGCAGCAAGCCCAAUACCAGGUGGACAUCCAGUUUGUCCCUCCGCCAAAGGACCAUCCGGAUGUGCCCGACCGGUUCAACGUCCUGGCGUGGCGCGGCGACAGGAAGCCCAGCUACAAGGCGCUGGUGACGAGCCACAUCGACGUGGUCCCUCCGCACAUUCCGUGGGAGAUCCAGGGCGGCGAGAUCUCCAAGAAGACAAUCAUCAAGGGCCGCGGCACGACGGACGCCAAAGGCAGCGUUGCCACCCAGAUCGUGGCGGUGAACCACUUGCUCUCCACAAACAGCAACGUCAACCCCGAGGAUCUCAUCCUGCUCUUUGUCGUCGGGGAGGAGACGACUGGCGACGGCAUGAGGCUGUUCAGCGACUCGCUCAAGCACAUGGACCCGCCGCUUUCCUUCGACUCGGCCAUCUUCGGCGAGCCUACGGAGAACAAGCUGGCGUGCGGCCACAAGGGCGCCCUCUUCUGCAGUGCCGUGGCCAAGGGCAAGGAUGCCCACAGUGGCUACCCCGAGAUGGGCAAGUCGGCUAACGAGCUGAUGAUUCGGGCCAUGGGCAAGAUCCUUGACACGGAUCUCGGGUCUAGUCCGCUCUUUGGCAACACCACGUUCAAUGUCGGCCGGUUUGACGGCGGCGUGGCUGCGAAUGUGAUCCCGGCACAGGCUUUCGUGGAUCUUGCGGCCCGGGUCGCCGUUGGAUCCGAAAGGCAGGGCCACAGGGUUGUGCAGCAGAAGAUUGCGGAUAUCCUGAAGGAGACUGAUGAGGAUGCCUUUACCUUGGAGUGUACGCACGGAUAUGGGCCGUAUGAGUGCAACUGUGAUGUUGAAGGUGAGUUCCUUGAU